AUGUCAGCAGUUGCAGUUGAUUCAAAACUUUCCCAUCAUCCUUCCUCUAUGUAUAACGACAGAGAUGAGCUUGAUUACCCCAUCGCAGAUAAGACCCUGAAUAGCCUUUUUAUGUUCCAGGUUAAUUUCAAUGAUCUAAAAAAAGUGCUUGACUAUUUAAUGGCUAAUUAGAAAAAGCAGUAGUAUCUGAUUGAUUAACUAAUUGACUCUAAAGUCAAAGACGGCUCUAUCAAAGUUAUUGAGAAGCUUGUACAUCUUCCCUCCAGAGAUUAUGAUAAACCAGUUAGUUCCUAAAAUAUUUAGGAAUCUGAAUAAUAUUUGGGAAAUAAUAGUGCUAGAUCGAAUUAAGAAUCUAAGGUUGGAUCUUUUUUAGAUUAAAAUGGUUAAAACUUGUAAUCCUAGUAAUAGAAUAAGCCUUUGAAAUCUAGAUAAUCCUCCUAGCUACAAGGUGGAGAUAGAUCUAGAGAAGUUGACACUUUAAAAAAUAUUUGCUCUGAUUUAGAAAAAAAAAUAAAAGAUUUAGAAGAUAAAUCUUUGCAAACCGACUCAAUUUUGGGAGAAACUCGUACCGAACUAGAUGUUCUCAAAUUGAAUCAGUAGCAAAAAGGACUUAUCAAAAAGAAAACCAUGAAAGAUAACUAGGCUUCAAAUGCUUUAUAAUUCGAUAAAGAAGAAAAUAGACUAAAUGACUUAUAGAUGGAUCUGGACAGAGUAAAGUAGAAUGUCAUAGACAUUGAAGCUCUUUUGCAAAGAUCUGAUAGAUCUUCUCGCAGAUAUCAAGCUUAGGAUGGUUUGCCCAUUAUGGCAAGAGCCUCUUCUAAUCAUAGAAAUAGAGACUUGAGUGAUGAUUCGAAAGAUAAACUAAGAGCCCUAGAAAUUAAAACAACUGACCUUGAAUAAAAGAUAAAAUUACUCCUGCAGUCAGGCAGAAGAAAUUUAAAUAAUAGUCUCUCUGGUCUUGGUUCAAGAUCAUUAAGCAAGGGUCUUAGCACUCUUGAAGAUAAACAAAACAACAACAACUAGCUAUAGGUUCCAAGCAUGAACGGUGAUAAUAUGAAUCUUAAUGAGGACUAAGAUGACUUGAAUACUGGUGCAGGAGGCUUUGAUAUUGGUGAUAUAAUAUUGCUGAUUGAUACUAUGAAGGAGGACUUAAGAAAAGAGUUUACCAGUAAAUAUGAAAUUGAUAAGCUGUAGGGUAGACUUGGUAUUGAUGAAUAAGAUCUUGAUGAUAUGACAUUAACUAUGGGUCUAGAUAGUCGUAAGAUUAAAGAAAACUCUGAGAGAUUAGAUUAACAGAGCGAGAAAAUUAACAAUAACACUAACCAAAUUAUUGAACUGGCAAAUCAAAUUUAAAAGCUGAAUGAACAGAUAAAAAAUAAAGCUGAAUCUGAAGAUGUUGAAAGCAUUCACAACUUUGUCAAUGACCUAUACGAUCGUCUUUAAGAUCUGGAGAAGCACUCUGGUCACGGUGAUGGAACAAUUAAACCGCCCAUUCAAAGAGUACAACUCGGAGGUAACUCAGCAUUAGGUUCUAGAGGUGGAAACUCUGGAGAUGUUUAAAGUUAAAUUAGAGACCUCUAUGAAAAUGAUGUAACAAGUAUCAAUGAGAUCAAGGAUAAGAUAAAGGAUAUUUACAAUUAAUUUGAAAAGAAAGCGAACAUCCACGAUCUUAGUAAAGCUACUUAAUAAAUUGAUGACUUGAAAACAAAGAAAGCUCAAAUGGCCAAAGAUAUAGAAUCAUUAAAGAAGUUUAUUUCUGAAAAAAAUCAAGCUACUGUCGAUCAAGUUACCUAAGUGAAGAAUAGCCUUCUUCUACUUUAAAAUAAAUUCAAUGAAGCAUAAGUUAAGAAUGUAGAAAUCUAAAAACUGGUAUAAGAAAGAGGCUCUUUGUUUGGACUGGGAUUAGAGGAUGAAAAGAAGAUAGAUGAAGAAAUGAUUAAUGAGAUAAAUGAGAAGAUAAACAACUUAGCCAAUGAAAUAAAGAAAACAAACAAGUCAAUAGAAGGUGAAGUAGCAAUCAUUGACUAAAAGCUUUAAGAAAAAGUAGAUAACAGUGCUAUCCCUAAAAUAGAAGAGAAAAUUCUACAAGAAUGCGAUAAGCUUAUCUAGAAAAUGCUUAAGAGAGUAGCUGAGAAGUAGGAACUACAAGCAGUAGUGAAGCAUUUUGACAAGCUUAUAAAAAAUCUACAUACCUAUAUCAAGAACAAGUUUAGCAUGGUUGAGGAAAAUGAUGAUGCAAUAUUAUCUAAGAAGCCUCUAGGUGGCUUUAGUUGUGCUUCUUGCGAAAAGGGAAUCAAGAAUCUAUCAUUAUAAGCUAAUUUGGGAGAAUUUAAUUCAUGGAAUAAGAUGCCAUAAAGAGAACCAAUUGCUAAGAUAGGAUAAGGAUUCUCGAAAAUUCUUCAAAUGAUAAAGCCUGGUAUGCUAACUGGUGAAAACUAGGGUAUGGUAGGAACAGCUAGAUAGUUGCUGAAUGAGUCUACCUCUUUUAUGCCUAAUUUCACGAAGAAUUCUUUGCAUCUAGAUGAAGCUAAUAAUAUCGUUAAUAAUGUUGAAAUAUCAAGACUCUCAAACAUGAAUUCGACUGCACCUAAUUUUAAUAACAACUUUGAGUUUAACUUACAUAUUACUGGAUCUUAGACUGCUAGAAAUGGUUCAUUGCCUCCCUAGUUAGAAUCGAAAGAAGAAGUUAAUAAUUAAGUAAAUAAUUCCUUGAUUGAGAAGAAUUAGAUUGAAAAUACCACUAUAUUAAAUCGGCCUAAACUGAGCAAGGGCCCAAUACUUGUAAAGGGAGGAAAAAUAUUGGGAUCCAGAUCUUAAAGUAAUUUGCCUUAAAUAUAGAAUAAAAAUUAAUAAUAGCCGCUAUGA